AUGCCGCCGCGGGAGCUGAGCGAGGCCGAGCCGCCCCCGCUCCGCACCCCGACCCCUCCUCCGCGGCGGCGCAGCGCGACCCCGGAGCUGGGCAUCAAGUGCGUGCUGGUGGGCGAUGGCGCCGUGGGCAAGAGCAGCCUCAUCGUGAGCUACACCUGCAACGGGUACCCCGCGUGCUACCGGCCCACGGCGCUGGACACCUUCUCUGUGCAAGUCCUCGUGGAUGGAGCCCCCGUCCGCAUCGAGCUCUGGGACACAGCCGGGCAGGAGGACUUUGACCGGCUUCGCUCCCUCUGCUACCCCGAUACCGAUGUCUUCCUGGCCUGCUUCAGCGUGGUGCAGCCCAGCUCUUUCCAAAACAUCACGGAGAAAUGGCUGCCCGAGAUCCGCACUCACAACCCUCAGGCACCCGUGCUGCUGGUGGGCACCCAGGCUGACCUGAGGACGAUGUCAAUUGUAUUGAUUCAGCUGCGACCAGGGCCGGAAGGUCCGGUGCCCCAACCUCAAGCCCAGGGUCUGGCGGAGAAGAUCCGGGCCUGCUGCUACCUCGAGUGCUCGCUUGACGCAGAAGAACUUGAAGGAGUGUUUGACUCGCCAUUCUCAGUGCCAUUGAGCACAAAGCUCGCUGGAGAAGAAACUGAAUGCCAAGGCUGCGCACGCUCUCCCGCUGUCGGGAGAAGUUCUUCUGUUUGUUUGAGCAGCUGUGGAGAUGUAGUGAUGGUAGCAGGAGGUCGGAGACUUCUGGAACCUACUCUUGGCUUACUGACAGGCCUGCCACCCAUGGGCCUCAGUUCCCUACUGACUCUGGACAUGGGCGCACUUUGA